AUGGAGGAGGCAAAAAACAAAAAAGAGAAUAAGCUGCCCGAAAAGACUGAUGAAAAAGACAAGGACAAAGAGAAGGGGCAGCAGCCCUCGGGGAAGGACAAGGAAAAGAAAGAAGAGCAAGAACUGUCAGAGGAAGAUAAGCAGCUGCAAGAAGAUUUGGAGAUGAUGGUGGAGAGAUUGAGCGAUAAGAACACAGCACUGUACCGUCCUGCAUUAGAAGAACUGCGCAGACAAAUCCGCUCCUCCACCACUUCCAUGACCUCAGUACCCAAGCCUUUGAAAUUCCUGCGCCCACACUAUGGCAAACUCAAAGAAAUCUAUGAUGGCAUGGCUGCAGGAGAAAACAAGCGAUUCUGUGCUGAUGUGGUGUCAGUGCUCGCUAUGACCAUGAGUGGUGAAAGGGAGUGUCUUAAGUACCGUCUUUUGGGCUCUCAGGAAGAGUUGGCCUCCUGGGGACAUGAAUAUGUAAGGCACCUGGCAGGUGAGGUGGCUAAAGAGUGGCAGGAGGUGGAAGAAAAUGAUAAGACCCAGCAGGAGACACUGCUGAAACUGGUGAAGGAGAUUGUGCCCUACAAUAUGGCGCACAAUGCCGAACACGAGGCGUGUGACCUGCUGAUGGAGAUUGAGAGGCUGGAUAUGCUGGAGGACUAUAUUGAUGAAAAUGCCUACGGAAAGGUCUGCCUUUAUCUCACCAGCUGUGUGAGUUAUGUUCCUGAGCCUGAAAACUCAGCACUGCUGAGAUGUGCCUUGAACAUCUUUAAGAAGUUCAAUCGUUAUCCAGAGGCCCUUCGACUGGCCCUGAUGCUCAAUGACGUGGAGCUCGUAGAGAACAUCUUCACAUCCUGCAAAGACAUUGUUAUUCAGAAGCAGAUGGCCUUCAUGCUGGGUCGCCAUGGCAUGUUCCUGGAGCUUAAUGAGGAUGUGGAGGACUAUGAGGACCUAACAGAGAUCAUGUCCAACGUGCAGCUCAAUAGCAACUUCUUGGCUCUGGCCAGAGAGUUGGACAUCAUGGAACCCAAAGUCCCAGAUGACAUCUAUAAAACACACCUGGAAAAUAACAGGUUUGGAGGUAGCGGCUCCCAGGUGGACUCAGCUCGAAUGAACUUGGCCUCGUCAUUUGUCAACGGCUUUGUCAACGCAGCCUUUGGACAGGACAAGCUACUCACAGAUGAUGGCAACAAGUGGUUGUACAAGAAUAAGGACCAUGGCAUGUUGAGCGCUGCAGCUUCACUGGGUAUGAUCCUGCUUUGGGAUGUGGAUGGUGGUUUGACCCAGAUUGAUAAAUACCUGUAUUCCUCUGAGGACUACAUCAAGUCUGGGGCCCUCCUGGCCUGUGGCAUUGUAAACUCAGGUGUGAGGAAUGAGUGCGACCCAGCCCUUGCCCUGCUUUCAGACUAUGUCCUUCACAACAGCAACAUCAUGAGGAUAGGAGCCAUCUUUGGUCUGGGUUUGGCUUAUGCUGGCUCCAACAGAGAAGAUGUACUUUCUCUGCUUCUCCCUGUCAUGGGAGACUCCAAAUCCAGUAUGGAGGUGGUUGGAGUGACGGCGCUUGCAUGUGGUAUGAUCGCAGUUGGCUCUUGUAAUGGUGACGUGACCUCCACCAUUGUUCAAACCAUCAUGGAGAAGAACGAACAAGAGCUGAAGGACACAUACGCUCGCUGGCUGCCUCUGGGUUUAGGACUCAAUCACUUGGGUAAAGGGGAGGCAAUUGAAACAACCUUGGCAGCUCUACAAGUUGUGCCUGAACCUUUCCGCAGCUUUGCAAACACACUAGUGGAUAUCUGUGCAUAUGCAGGUUCCGGUAAUGUGCUCAAGGUGCAGCAACUGCUUCAUAUCUGCAGUGAGCAUUAUGAAGCCAAGGAUAAAGACAAAGAUGAGGAUAAGGACAAGAAGGAUAAGAAGGACAAAGACAAAAAGGAGACUCCUGCUGACAUGGGCUCCCACCAGGGUGUAGCUGUUCUUGGUAUUGCCCUCAUUGCCAUGGGAGAGGAGAUUGGAUCUGAGAUGGCUCUACGAACAUUUGGACAUCUGCUACGUUAUGGUGAGCCCACCCUGAGGCGAGCAGUACCACUAGCACUGGCCCUGAUUUCAGUGUCCAACCCCCGACUGAACAUCUUGGACACCCUCAGCAAGUUUUCCCAUGAUGCUGAUCCUGAGGUUUCUCACAACUCUAUUUUUGCCAUGGGCAUGGUGGGCAGUGGCACAAAUAAUGCCCGCUUGGCUGCCAUGCUGCGGCAACUGGCUCAGUAUCAUGCCAAAGACCCCAACAAUCUCUUCAUGGUCCGACUGGCUCAGGGUCUGACUCACCUGGGCAAAGGCACACUGACACUCUGUCCCUACCACAGCGACAGGCAGCUCAUGAGUCAGGUCGCCGUGGCUGGACUGCUCACUGUCCUUGUGUCCUUCCUUGACGUCAAAAACAUAAUCCUGGGGAAAUCUCACUACAUUCUCUACGGCCUAGUAGCAGCCAUGCAGCCACGUAUGCUUGUUACUUUCGAUGAGGAGCUCCGACCGCUGCCAGUAUCUGUCAGAGUUGGACAGGCAGUGGAUGUGGUGGGCCAAGCGGGUAAACCAAAGGCCAUCACAGGUUUCCAGACCCACACCACGCCAGUGUUGCUGGCUCAUGGAGAAAGGGCAGAGCUCGCCACAGAGGAGUAUCUCCCUGUCACCCCCAUCCUGGAAGGCUUUGUUAUUCUUCGCAAGAACCCAAACUAUGAAACCUAGACCCCCCUCUACACAUCUCCCGGUUUUCACUUGUCUCUCCUUGUGUUUGGAGGGGUAGUCCUCCAUGGCUCUUUGCAGUUAUUAUAUUUGAUUGUUUAUUGCGUGGCUGAAUAGAGCAAAGCAGGCCUAUCCUUCCUCCCUCCUCAUUGUGGCGUUGCUCGGUUGUCUGUGGCCCACCUCCAGCAGUCAUUAAAAAUGAAUGGUUGGGGUCCAGAUAAUUGGACUGAUAUGGCACCUAGAGGGUAAACCUGGGACCUCAUUCACUCAAUAUAGAUGGUUUCCUCAUUGCUCUAAUUUUGAUCCAUAUCUCCCACAUGCACUCAGCCAGCUGUUUGACUGACCUGGAACCAGUUCAGAAGUGGGAAAGAACCCCCUCCUGUAUGUUUCCGUCAUCAGUAGAUGAAUAACAACUGCUCAGUCCACUCAGUACUUCUGAUGUUCUCUCCUAAUACUUGCAUCUACAGUCAUCUUUUGUAACUAGAGGAUUUAAAAGUAUGUAUUCUUCAUCACGUUUUCUGUUAUUUUUCUUUUUUGUUACAGUACUGUAAAAGGUUGAAUCAAAAAUAAAAAAACAUUGUUCCACAUGGUGGAAAUG